GACAGCACUUCACAAUUUGUCAGUGAAAAAUGAUCCGUAUCAUCUGUAUCAACCUCUAAACAAAUAAAUAUUUCAUACAAUUUCGUCAGAAUUGUAAUAGAAAUCGGUAUCUAGGUGAUUCAUAAGCGUCAGCACUUUUUACUACUACAUAUUUUAAAUCAAUAGUAUGCUAUGUUAUAAGAUAAAGCGCUUUUGAUAUGAGGCGCGCAUUCACCGAAAUCAGUGCGCGUUUACAUACGGCCGGCAUGAAACUCUUCACGGAUUUCAAGGAGUGGAGGUUUGAGGAUCCGCCUAGCUAUGCAGAGUUACCGAUAGACGAUAAUCCAGAAUAUAUGGUGCCGGUUGCGGUGAAAAAUGCCGUAUUUUCUAAGGUGCCUCCUGAACCAAUGGUUGGUAACACAUUGCUGGUAUGUUCAUCUCACGAUGCGCUCACAGACCUCCUAGAAUUGGAUCCAAUAGUGGCUGAAAGUGAGGAGUUCCUUAAUUUUAUGAAUGGAAAAUACUUACCCAAUGGCAGUUUGACUGUUUCACACAGAUAUGGAGGGUAUCAAUUUGGCUAUUGGGCUGACCAGCUUGGAGACGGCAGAGCUCAUAUCCUUGGUGAAUAUAAAAAUAGCAAAGGUGAGCUAUGGCAGGUGCAGCUGAAAGGCUCAGGGUUGACCCCAUACUCACGGUUUGGGGAUGGCCGGGCUGUCUUGCGUUCAAGUAUCAGGGAGAUGAUUGGAUCAGAGGCCGCGUAUUAUCUAGGCAUACCGACCACGCGGGCCGCCGCUAUUGUUGUAAGCGAUGAGCACAAAGUGUUACGUGACAAAUCCUACUGCGGUCGGAUGGGGCCGGAACGCACCGCCAUCGUAGCCCGGCUGGCGCCCGCCUGGUACCGGCUCGGCUCCUUCGAGAUACUGCACAAGAGGAAAGAGCCAGAACUGAUGAAGAAGUUAAUGGACCAUAUUAUCAAGCAUCACUUCCCAGAGAUCGACGCGUUGGAUGAAGGAGAUAAAUACGUGAAGUUCUUCUCCGAAGUGGCGCACAGGAAUCUCGACAUGGUCGCUACGUGGCAAGGAUUUGGCUUCGUACACGGCGUGUUGAACACAGAUAACAUAAGCGUGUUCGGGCUGACCAUAGACUACGGCCCGUACGGGUUCAUGGAUCGCUUCUCGACGUACUACGUGCCGAACACUUCCGACGACUUGGGUCGGUACGCUUAUAACAAGCAACCUGAUAUAGUUCUGUGGAAUUUAGGGAAGUUCUUCGAAGCGAUAAGCCCAAUUUUAACAGAAGAUCAGAUACAGAGAAUAAAUGAAAUACAAAGCACUUUGAAAGAAUACGUCACCACCAAAAUUUUAAAAACCCACCUGAUGAAGUUUGGUCUUUCCGAGGUACGGGAAGGCGAUGACAAGUUCGUGGAGGAGUUCCAUUCAAUGCUGGAACGCACCAUGGCCGACUACACCACCACCUUCAGGCAACUCGCCGAGGUAGAACCAUCCGCCAUGACUGAUGCUGCGGCUUUGGAUUCGAAAUGGUCGCUGAAGAAAUUACCGGAAUCGUCGAACUGGACAGAGUGGGUGAAGAAAUAUACCGCCAGGCUAGAAGAGGAACAUGUGACAGAAGAAAUAAGGAUCAAGCGAAUGUCGAAAGUGAACCCUGUGUAUGUGCCCAGGAACUGGAUGAUGCAGGAAGCUAUUACGGAGGCGGAUGAACUAAGCUUUACUAAGGUCAGAUUCCUAAUGGAGCUCUUAAAGAAGCCUUACGAAGUUAACGAGGAGGCUGAGAAGCUGGGAUAUUCGUCAGAACCUCCGUCUUGGUCGUACGGAAUCAAGAUCAGUUGCUCUAGUUAAAUUGUAUAUUCUUUAAUUGUAUACUGUGUUAUUGGUUAUGGAGUUAUGCAGGGGUUAAUCUUGAUGUUGUAGUGUAUUUAAAUCUUGUAGAAAAAAUGUAAAUCUAUCUAUUUAUCAAUGUUUGUUUUUGUUAUAAUUAAUGUAACUACUUUUUCUGCUAUUACACGAGUUGUAAUUGUGUAGGUUGUGAAAGCAAGGAAUGAAUGAAUGAAUGUAGGCUCCAAAAGUAGUUAUUUAGUAAGAAGAUACAUAUUGUUUUACAUUUUUAGUAUAAGGUUGAUGACUAAGUUUAUGUUGUAAUAAUGAAAAAUUAUGAAUUUAAUUAAAAGUGGCUAAUUUUGGUGGUAUCAGAGCUGAUUUAGCGAGCGUAACGUGUGAUUUAGUACAUAAGAUAUUAUAAUCGUCGUAAUUUUUGUUAUAUUAUUUUUACACAUUUUAUUUUUAUAUGAAUAAAUUUUUAUUUCUACU